GUAGAGGAAGAGACCCGGGGCGAGAGGAGUGGCAGGACGAUGAAGGAUCAGGUCGAUCCUUUCUCCAAGGCGCUGGAGAUUUUCGAGACGGGAGUCCCUGUCUUCAGUACAUGCGCCAGGAGGAUAGGAAACAACAUAAAGAAGCCGAUGAACGCACCAGGAUCAAAGAAGAAGAAGAUCGAAGUCAGAGACGAGUUCGCCCUCGGUGUUGCGUUCCUCGGAACCACCCUGCGCAAGAACGGGCUCAAGAGGGAGAAGGACAUCCCGUACAUCGCGCUGUAUGAUGAGAUGGGGGUCCCCAAGAGUUUCGCGCAGUGGGCGAACUCUCUCUUCGAAGUGGAGGAGAGCUCCAUGGCAGACAAUCUCCGGCAGAGAAUCCACAAGGAGCAUCUUUGGAGAGGAAAGCCAGAGACUCUACAGACACCCAGGAAAGCUCCUGUCUGUAUCCUUGCAGUGUCGUUGACUUGUUGCCACAGAAACAAAGAAGCGUCCGACAGGACCAGGAGAAGCUCGAGCUGGUUUGAGAAACAGCCCAAGGAAGGGGACCAGGAGGAGAGGGCGGAGCAGGCAGGAGGCCAAGGAGAGAACCUUGCGGAGGCGAGCGGGCGAAGGGAGAGCAUCCAGAUGGAGUCGAGCGUGAUGCUUGCAUCUACCAUGGCAGGUGAGGAGCAGCAGCAGGGCUCUUCCCGUCGCCUACACCUCGACAUGUCGAGGGUGAACUCGGAGUCGAAUGUGAUGACAGAACGGACGUUUGACCUGAGGAGACCUGAGAAGGAUGACUUGAGGCCCAGCACGGCACGAGAGCACAGCAGCAGACAUAUCCAGCUGAGCAGCAGGCCGUUCUCAGCUCGAUUUCCACCCCGUGAUCACGUCCGAGAGAACAUCCUGAGCGCUCGAAGACAGCGAGGAACGGAGGAGCGACCGCUCUCCUGGAGGCGGCAGCAGCAGGCGAUUGCCACGGUGCAGACGAGGAGGCAAGAGAUCGAGGAGGGGAAGGUGAGGAGGAUCAAGGACACGAUAGAGAGGCGAGACAGGAGGCUCGCUAUGAUACAGAACGACCUGAUCAAGGAGGAGAGCGAGAGGAGGCAGAAGCUCCUUCUGAUCUCCGUCGUCUGCAGCAGCUUUUUCAACCUCCUCUACAAGGAGUUCCGCAAGCGCCGAGAAGCCUUGAAGUCGGACUUUCAGAUCGUUCGGGAGGACACGGAGCGAGGGCUUCGCAUCUCCACAGUCUUCCUGGCCUUUAUCGGGGUGCAGAUCAAGAAGGGAAACCUGCUCAAGGUCUUUCCUGCCUGCGCGCGAGUGCACAAGUGGCUGCGGCAGAUCCUGUAUCAGUGUUUCUCAUGCAUUCGAUCGUCAUCGUCCUCUCACAAGAUCAAGAAACCUCUGCAUCACUUUCCCGAGUUUGGCAUCGUCGAUGAGCGUCAAGCUGCAAGUUUCUUCAUGGUUGCAAGCAAGCUAGACAGGCUGGUGAAGAAGCGGCAAGCAGAGAUCAUUCAGCACGCGGGCAACGUCAUCCGCUCGUUCCUGCAGGAGGCCAACAGAGGCAAAGUGGUGGUCAACAUGAUCCGGCUGCUGGCGACCAAGGUCAACAGGAUCCAGCGCUGGUGGAGGAAGAGACUACAGGCGCACGUGCGGAGGUUCGCAGCCCUGCGGCAUGCCUGGACAUCCGUAGAGAGAGCGAUCGUGACUCGCUCGCUGAUGGCUGAGGUUGCGACGCGUCUGAUAGCUGCUGGUGAGCGACCCGCGUGCCUCGAGCUCUUCCCCGCUGCCCUCCAGGCGCAGCUGCUGAACAUGGCGCCCUCCAAGGUCGACCUGAAGGGGCAGCAGCGGGAGAGGAGGAGGAGGUCGAGGCAGAGCCUUGUGACAGAGAUGUCGACCUUCCUCCAAGACCUUCACGCCCUCCUCGAACUCUCGCACGUGGAGCCAUCGGAGAUGUCGGAGGUCAGCGAGGAGAGCGAGGCUGCAACUCAUGUGAGCACGGAGGUGGAGAAGAACGUGGCUGCGAGCCGAGCAUCGCUCCGUCGGUUGUCGAUCAAACCGCAGGACGUGGAGGGGAUAGUGCAGCAGUACAUCCGAAACCUCCAGGUCUCUCCCGCCAUGCAGUUCAAAGUCUUGAUCGAGAAGCUUCAAUCGCUGCAGGAGAAGUUCGCCUACCUCAGGAGGCGGUACCAGCAUCAGCUUGACCAGUACCGCAGCACGAUAGAGUUCCAGCAACAGUGCUCCGAGACCCAAAGGAAGCUGCGGACGGGACGAUGGCUGGAGGACAAGAGGCCGAAGGAGGAGGAGGAGGAGGAGGAAAGAAACGUUUCUUUGAUGGACCCGCCCGAGGAUGCUGGUGGAGAGACGGCCGAAUGCUUCAGUAUCUCUGCUCCUAAGUUCCCGUCCUUUCCCAUCUCCACGCAAGACAGUGCAAAGAUUUCCUUCUGGAUCGUCAGCACCCAUGAGAAAGUUGGGGCCUUUCAGGCUGCGGAGGGAGAGAACAUCAACCCGUUCUUCCAGUCGAAGGAUAACUCGAUGGAGGAGGAGCCGUGGGAAGUGAAGUCGAGAGAUUUUCUCUGCAGGAUGGGAGACGCGCUGUUCCCGAGCUCGGACACGAUGAUGGUAUCGAGCCUGCCCAAAGAAGUCCCUCUCUUCUCCCUCAGCAAGGAGAGGCUCGUCGCCAACGUGGACGCGAUGCUGGCUGAGAUCGAGCAGGCGGAGAUGUCGAGGAGGACAGACGUCUUCCGAUCCAGCGCUGGGCUGAGUCACUUGAACGCCAGAGCCAGGAGAUCCUCGUUGCUCGGCAAGUGA